AUCUCUUUCGUGUUCUCCGUCUGAAACUGUUAAUUGUCUUCAAAGAAUACGAUGGACGUCGUUUCUUCACGGACACGUUGUUUUUUCGUUGACCCUAAAUCUGAAUAUUCCAUACUAUAUGCCAAUGCCAUUAAUACUUGAUUCCAUAUAUGAUUUUUUAUAAUCAAUAAAUACACGAGAGAUUGUGGCAUUGAGAUACUUAUUGUUAGGGUCUUUGUGUUUUUUAUAACACAAAAAUAAAAUGGGUCUUGUUGUUCUAAGAUUUCCAUUUUCUAAUAUUUUAUUACUACUAGUUUUGAAUUUGAGUUUGGUGUUAGUUUGUAAUUGUGAUGGAAGCAGAACUAGUAGUUUUCUUAGGCAAGUUGAAAAGACAAUGGAUAUGCCACUUGAUAGCGAUGUCUUUGAUGUUCCUCAAGGUUAUAAUGCUCCCCAGCAGGUUCAUAUAACACAAGGUGAUCUUGUGGGGAAAGCAGUGAUUGUAUCGUGGGUGACCGAGGAUGAACCGGGAUCGAAUGCAGUGCGUUACUGGAGUGAGAACAGCCAUCGGAAGAAGCUAGCUAAAGGGAAAAUUCAAACAUAUAGAUUCUUCAAUUACACAUCUGGUUUUAUUCAUCACGCUACUAUUAGGAAAUUGAAGUACAACACUAAAUAUUAUUAUGAGGUUGGACUUGAGAACACGACGAGGCAGUUUUGGUUUAUAACACCUCCUGAAAUCGGUCCUGAUGUGCCGUACACAUUCGGUCUCAUAGGGGAUCUUGGUCAGAGUUUUGAUUCAAACAAGACACUUUCUCACUAUGAAUUGAACCCAAGAAAAGGACAAACAGUGCUUUUUGUUGGAGAUCUUUCUUAUGCAGAUAACUAUCCAAAUCAUGACAAUGUUAGGUGGGAUACUUGGGGAAGGUUUACAGAAAGGAGUGUUGCUUAUCAACCGUGGAUAUGGACCGUAGGAAACCAUGAAAUCGAUUUUGCUCCAGAAAUUGGAGAACCCAAACCUUUCAAGCCUUAUUCGCACCGUUACCAUACUCCUUAUAAAGCAUCACAAAGUACUUCACCCUUUUGGUAUUCUAUCAAGAGAGCUUCAGCACACAUUAUUGUUUUGGCCUCAUAUUCAGCAUAUGGAAAAUAUACACCACAAUACAAAUGGCUCGAACAGGAGCUACCGACAGUUAACAGGACAGAAACUCCUUGGUUGAUUGUUCUCAUGCAUUCACCUUGGUAUAAUAGCUACGCUUAUCAUUACAUGGAAGGGGAAACAAUGAGAGUAAUGUUUGAAUCAUGGUUUGUUAAGUACAAGGUUGAUGUUGUGUUUGCUGGGCAUGUGCAUGCUUAUGAACGAUCUGAACGUGUCUCCAAUAUUGCAUAUAAUAUUGUAAAUGGUAUUUGCACUCCUAUAAAAGAUCAAUCAGCUCCUGUAUACAUAACCAUUGGAGAUGGAGGGAACCUUGAAGGCUUAGCAACCAACAUGACAGAACCACAGCCAGAGUACUCAGCAUUCAGAGAAGCCAGCUUUGGACAUGCAAUUUUUGACAUAAAGAACAGAACACAUGCUCACUAUAGCUGGCACAGAAACCAAGAUGGUUAUGCUGUUCAAGCUGAUUCCCUUUGGUUUUUCAACAGAUUCUGGAACCCACUUGAUGAUUCCACAACCCAUGUUUCCCAUUAAUAACAACACAUUUGAUUUACUUGUCUUUUCAGAAAAAUAAAGUCAUGAUUAUGUAAUCGUUUGUGGUCAAGAUCACCACCACCAAUUAUUAUUAUCAUUACCCUUCAUAAUACUUUGUACCACUUUCAAGAUAAAUGCAAAGGAGCAACCAUCUUGUGUUAUGUGUAACUUUUUAUUGUAAUGAUUAUAGGUACUGAUAUGAACCUGAAUUUGUAAUAGGGAACAAAUUGCAUUGUUGAUUUACAAUAGAUGUAUUACAAAACUAUAGCCCGUAUAAUCCAAAGGUAUUACAAUAGAUGA